AUGGACAUCGUGGUGGGCGCGCUGUCGGGCAUGGUGGACGCGCUGCCGGGGAAGCUCGGCGAGCUGCUGGAGCAGGAGUAUGCGCUGCUCUCCGGCGUCCGCGGAGAUGUCGUCUUCCUCAAGGAGGAGCUGUCAAGCAUGCGCGCCGCCAUCCACCACUGCGAGUCCCUCGACCACCACGACUCCCAGACCACUGGAUGGAUCGGCCUCGUCCGCGAGGUCGCCUACGACAUCGAGGACUGGGUUGACCUCUUCGGCAUCCGCGUCAACGGCGGCGCCCAAUCCACUUCCGGGUUUCGUUCCUGGAUUCGCCGCUGUGUGGACAAGUUAACGGCGCUCCCCGCCCGCCACACCAUCGCGAGCGAGCUCCAGGGCCUCAAGGAGCGCGUUCUUGAGAUUAGCGAGCAGCGGAAUCGCUACAGACUCGGCGCGAUGGUUGGCACCACCUCGCAACAUGCCCAUGUUCCCAGGCUUUCUGCGCUCUUCGUCGACCCCGACAGCCUCGUCGGCUUGGAUGGGAAAGUGGAGGAUGUGUCCAAGACGGCCAUGGACGCCGGCGCCACUAAUGAGCUGAAAAUCGUCUCCAUUGUCGGGAUGGCCGGCUCAGGGAAGACGACGCUCGCCAAUGCAGUGUACCAGCGUCUUCAAGCAGACAACACCUUCCAGUGCUCUGCUUUCGUCUCCAUCGGACCGAAGGCGGACAUGGUGAAGACAGUCAAGGACAUGCUCUCAAAACUCGGCGAACGGCACCGAGGGGGCGAGGACAUUAGCCAACUCAUCCACAGGGUCAGAGAAGUACUGGAGAAGAAGAGGUACCUCAUUGCGAUUGAUGAUCUAUGGAGUAGUGAACAAUGGGGAGCAAUAUGGUGUUGUUUUCCAGACAACAGUCUUGGUAGUAGGAUAAUCACCACAACAAGGAAUGAUGCGUUGCCCACCAAUCAUCAUUCCGGUUCAAGCAAAUUUGUCCACAAGAUCGGCCUCCUUACUGACAAUGAAGCCAAGCAAUUGUUUCUGAAGAAAGCUUUCAGCAGUCGGAAUGAUUGUCCACAACAUCUGGAGGAUGCUUUUACAAAGGUUCUGAGAAGGUGUGCUGGCCUGCCACUUGCUGUGGUUAGCAUAGCAGCCAAGUUAGCAUACAAGCAAUCAAGAGAUGAAUGGGAAAAGCAUGGAUUGAACUUGCUAUGCAGUUCACAUCCAGAUGGGUUAGAUGGGCUGAAGCAAAUACUCGAUCUUAGUUACAACGAUCUACAGCCACAUCUCAGGUCAUGUUUGCUGUAUCUGAGCAUAUUUCCUGAGAAUUCAGAGAUUGAGACAGAGCGCCUAGUGAGGCGAUGGAUCGCCGAAGGAUUCAUCGCUGGAAGCAAAGAGGAGACAGCAAUCAGUUACUUGAAUGAGCUAAUUGGCAGAAACUUGGUACAACCAUUGGGUCUGAACCAUGAUAGUAUCCCAAGGCGUUGCAGAGUCCACCCAGUGAUAUAUGAUUUCAUUGUUUGCAAGUCCAUGGAAGACAACUUUGCCACUCUGACAGAUGCUCAACAUGUCCCAAACAACAACAGAACUGUCCGUCGGCUAUCCCUGAAUUUGAAGAACAAUAGCAAGGAAGAUCAACCUGCAGCUCGAAAUGAGUCUACUGACUUAACUCAUGCUCGCUCAGUCACUGUCUUUGGUCACGCCAGUGCCACCCCUCAUCUGACUGAUCUGAAAGUUGUGCGUGUGCUGGACCUCGAAGGCUGCAAUGGUCCUGUGUGCUUGGAUGGCCUAUGCCAGCUGGUGCUGCUGAGGUACCUGAGCCUCAAAGGCACUGAUACCAGUGAACUCCCACCAGCAAUUGGGGAUCUAAGGUGCUUGGAGACACUUGAUGUGAGGUCAACAAAGGUGGAAGAGCUGCCUCCCAGUAUUGUCAGGCUGGAAAAGCUAAUGCAUUUGCUUGCUGGGAAUGCCAAGCUGCCUGGCGGGAUGGAUAAGAUGAAAGCCAUGCGGUCAUUGUCAUGCGCUGGUAUCACGAAGAGCUCUGCCAACGUCGUGGAAGAGUUCAGUAAGGACGAUAACUUGAGGGAACUGGAACUGUAUUACUAUGCAACUGAAAAGCCUGGAAAUGAGAAGCAAAUCAUGUUCCCCGUUGAUAGGCUCCAGACUGUUAAACAACUGUGCAUCCGGUGCACAUCACCAUCAGUGACAUUUGAGCCCCGUGUACUGCCAAAGAUCCAAGCACUUGAGCUGAGGUUCGAGAAAGGCCGGGCUGAUGACAUGAGUGGCAUGUCUGGCUUAGAGCAUCUGUCGAGCCUGAAGCAUUUGGUCCUCGAGUUUGAGAAGCAUGAUGCGGGCGCCAUGGCGACAGUUGAUGCAGUGAGGAAGGCUGCUGAGGCGCUCCUUCUAGAUCAUCAAUGUAUCACUAUAAAGGUGGAUGGGAAGAACUACUAA